AUGGCGUCUCCGGCAGUGACCAACCCGCCGUCACCCCAGGCGGUCAUGGCUCACAUCCGCAAACUGAGCGACGCGGACCCGGACUUCCGGUUCAUGGCAUUGAACGACUUGCUGCAGCUCCUAAACAACUCCAAGCCCGACUUCCUGCACCACGACUACAACAUCGCGGCUCGGGCUGUUGAUAGUGUCAUCAAGACGCUCGAUGACCAGAAUAGCGAGGUCCAGAAUCUGGCGAUCAAGUGCCUCGGUCCGCUUGUGGGCAAGGUGCCUGCAACGAUCCUUCCGCCGAUGAUCGACAAGCUGUCCUCCCUGAAGCUGAAGAAUGCAGUCGACAACACGGUUCCGUCUUUGGCUCUCCGUUCCGUUGUGACGGCCCUCCCCCGCCCUGUCCCGGGGUUGCCCGUUACUCCCGACAUCAAACAGGCAUACGAAGCCAUCCACCGCGUCCUGAUCCCGCGGCUCAUCGGGCCUGGCCCUAAGACUCAAGUCCCAGAAACGACUCUGGACUUGCCACCCGUUCCCACAGGGCUCCUGCAAAAUGAGGACAGCAUCAAUGGGGAGGCCGUCGACGUGCUGAUAGAUUUGGUGCGCUGCUUUGGCCCUCUCCUGCAGUCGGUGGAGGUGGAAGCCACCGUCCAGGUGGUGAUGCAGCUUCUUGAGAGCACCAAGGGCACAUCUGUUGUCAAAAAGCGAGCCGUGGUCGCCAUAUCCAUGCUUGCAGUAUACGUCACGGACGAUCAGCUCGAAGACGUCGUUCAGCGUCUCACCUCAGGCCUUUCGCAAGCCAGCACCAGUGCUGUGACCCGAAAGCUAUACAUCGCUAUUCUCGGGAGUAUGGCCAGAUCGAUCCCUGCCCGCUUCGGCCCUCACAUUGCCAGGACGGCUCCCUUUGUUCUGCAGGCAUUAUCCGAGAACGAGCUCGAGCAACACAUGGAGAAGUUGAGCGACGGCGAAGAUCUGGGACAGGACUUUAACGAGAUUCGCGAGUCUGCUCUGGUGGCGCUUGAGGCUUUUUUGGCAUCCUGCCCGCAGGAAAUGCGACAAUUUACAGACGAAACGAUCGCUUCCAUCGUUCGGUAUGUCAAGUACGAUCCCAACUACGCUGUCGAUGACGAUGACGACAUGGAGGUGGACGAAGAGGACGAAGAUGCCGACGACGACGACGACUUUGAAGAAGACGACGGAUUCGAGGACGACGAUGACGAUGCGAGCUGGAAAGUCCGACGAUGUGCCGUCAAGGCCAUGUACACUCUGAUUGCGACCCGCGGAAGCGGAGAUCUCCUGGACAAUGGCGUGCUUUACAGCCAGGCGGCCCCGCUCCUCGUCAAGCGGAUUGACGAGAGGGAAGAAAACGUGCGCCUAGAAGUCAUUACCGCCCUCUCGCUUCUCAUCCGCAAGACCGGCGAGGGCCUGCACAUGACAGACCUAUCCCUGGACGAAAUGGAGCCCGAGCCCGUGGGCCACAUCCCACUUAACCUGUUGGAAAAGGUACCCCCAACUGGUCCUCGCGCCGACUUGUCCGGCCUCAUGCCCAGCAUUGUCAAGGCCGGGACAAAGCAACUCAAGGCCAAGACGGUGCCGACGCGUCAAGCCAUCAUCAACAUGUUCGACGACUUGGUGUCAACUCAACGAGGCGGUUUCUCCGACUAUUUUGCCGAUAUUAUUGGCCCAAUCACCGAAGAAGCCAAGUCGGCCAGCUCUGUGAACGUGUCAUCGUCGCUCGCCUCUGCUGGUGGAUCUUCGUCUGCGACGCCAAGCACCUUGCGGAUUGCGGCACUGAGACUGAUCAGCGACAUCUGCAAGACGCACUCGUCAUCACUUCUGCAGCCCUAUCUGUCCAAGAUUGUCGCAGCGGUCACAGCCGCAGUUCACGAUCGGUUCUACAAAAUAUCCAGCGACGCUCUUCGCACCGCCGAGGAACUUGUUAAGACCAUCACCCCUCCUCGUUCGCGAAAUGCCGGCGUCAAGUACAAGGCGGAGCUUGAGAAGCUGUUCGAGGUAAUCUUGGAUCGCGGAUCCGCCAACGACGCCGAUGCGGAAGUCCGCCAGCGGGCGAUCCACGCCCUCGGCGUCCUUGUGUCACGCACAUCCUCCUCAGAAGGAUCUCGGCUCUUGUCGGACGAAAAACGCAAGGUGGCGUUGGAAGUGCUCCGGGAUCGACUGAAGAAUGAGACGACUCGACUCGCCGCCGUGCGCGCGGUGGACAAUGUGGCUGCAUUCGCUGUCACACCCGGUCAACUCGACAAAGACUGGAUACAAAGCGUUGCCUUGGAACUAUCUUCCCAGCUUCGCAAGGCCAAUCGGUCUCUACGCGGGUCAAGUGUGGUGGCGCUCAAGCACCUCGUCCUGUCCAAGGCCGCACAGGGGCAGCUCGAACCCUCGACCAUCCAAGGAAUAGUCGCUGCGCUGAUGCCUGCUGUUACUAACAGCGACACGCACCUACUUGGCCCGGCACUGCUCGUACUGGCCAGCAUGGCGCAGACCGACCCCGCCCUGGUCGUCACAGACGACAUGGUGGCUGCCCUCUGCCAGCUGCUCAAGUCCCACUUCGCUAGCAUCGUACUGGAUCAGCUCCUUGAGCUAAUGGAUCGAGUCGGGCAGAGCGGCACCGCCCAGCAGCUGAUGCGCGGUCUUCUCAGCGAGGUUAGUGUCCUCGGUGACCCAUCCGUCGUCGGCAAAGUGAUAGGUACGCUUUUGGUGACGGGCGGUAACUCCACGGGCGUGUCGCUGGACAGCUUCGUCUCCGAGCUGCAAACUAGUGCUCAGACUGGCGAUGAAGCUCGGGUCAGCCUCGCGCUCGCCGUUCUUGGAGAAGCGGGCUUCCGCCUCGGCGCGCAGUCGCCGUUGCAGCCAGAUCUGUUCCUUGCUCAGUUCCACGCGGAGCCAGACAAGGUAUCUCUAGCUGCAGCCAUCGCCCUUGGACGAGCCGGUUCCGGCAAUGUUUCCCAGUUCCUCCCGGUCAUCCUCAAGACCAUGCAACAGGGCGGGAAUACGCAGUACCUGCUUAUUCAAUCCAUCAAGGAAGUCUUGCAGUCUAUUCCUGUGCAGUCGACCGACCUACGCGACUACGCGAUCGCCAUCUGGGACCAGCUUCUGACGGCCUCGGAAAAUGCGGACAACCGAGUCGUGUGCGCAGAAUGCGCUGGCCGCCUUGUGAUCCUUGAUCCUAGCCUGUUCAUGCCGAAGCUCGAGACGCUGCUGAAAGCCAAGUCGCCUGGUAUCCGAGGCAUGGCUGUGCAGGCCGUCCGGUACACGCUCCCGGAAAGCGACGAGGCCUUCGAUGCAAUGCUCAAGCGAACCCUCAUCAACAUGUUGCUCGUAAUGCUGCAAGACUCCGAUAUGGAGAUCCGCCGACUUGCCAUGUCAACCCUCAACUCAGCCGCACACAAUAAGCCUGACCUGAUCUUGCCCCAUCUGGGCGAGCUGGUGCCGUUCGUGCUCAGCGAAUCAGUCAUCAAGCCAGAGCUCAUCAAGGAAGUCUUGCUGGGCCCGUUCAAGCACUUGGUGGACGACGGACUGGAAGUCCGCAAGAGCGCAUACGAGACCCUUUAUGCUCUCAUGGAGACAGCGUUCACUCGCAUGAAUAACAUCGACUUUUACGACCGAGUGGUCGCGGGAUUGAAGGAUGACAAUGACAUCCGCCAGCUGUGUAACCUUAUGGUCACCAAGCUCAUCGUCAUCGACCCCGACGAAACGGCACGCAGGCUCGACUCCAUUGCCGAGGCGUACCGUGGCGUUCUUUCCGUCAAGCUCAAGGAAAACGCCGUCAAGCAAGACAUUGAGAAGCAGGAAGAAGCCAACAAGAGUGUACUCCGUGUGACACUCCUGCUGGGCGACAAGAUGAAGGCCAUGACCGGGAAUGCGGGGGCGGCCACCUCCAGCGCCGGAGCCGCUGGCGUGUGGACGUUGUACUGGGAAUGGGUUAACAAGGAGUUUGAAAAGCAGCUUAAGAGCCUGCGGGAGGAGACAAAGGAGCUUCAGACGAGGAUGGUUUGA